AUCCCCGCUCCUUCCCGUUCAAUCCGCUCCACGUGCGGCUGCCGGUCCCUCUCUUUCGUUUUCUAUCCUCCCUGCCAUUCUUUCGACCUUCCCUUCCUUCAACGUUACAUGCGUCCAGCAUAUUCGCUUUACUUGCACUUGUCGGCGCUCUGACUAGCCCCCCUGGUAUCCAUAAUACGAGUAGUGCUUCUUUGCAUCUUUUCUUUUUUUCUUCUAGCCCUUCGACUCUAGCUUCUGCUGCACCGUGUUAUCUUCUUAUUCCCUCGUGCUCUGGCGCCGAGCCUUGGCCUUCCUCUUGAAUGGUCUAGCUGCUCCCCUUCCAUUUCAUGGACGUUCUCGUCGACAUGAUAGACAGAGCAGCCAGAACAACCGUCGAUCAUAGCCAACAAUCCCGCUUGUCUCCAGCUCCAGCAACUAUGGCGCCUCCCGAAACGGCGAGUGCCGCUACUCCCAAGGAUACCUUCUACAACGACCAGCUGCCGCCUCCGCCUCCCGCGAAACGUCGCCAUGUCUUCUUUUGGGCUGUUUUGAGCAUUGUAUUGUUUAUAGUCCUCGGUCUUGGGCUCGGCGUGGGCCUCGGGUUGGGUCUGCACAAGCCGGCUCGGGGUUUCUCAUCUCCGGCCACUGGCUCCGAUUGCCCGUGUUCAGCUUGUCCCUGUGUGGUUGAAGAUCCCCGCCCGGAUAUACCAGCGAAUUUGCCGCCAUGGCGUCUUCCGGAUGAGGAGUAUCACCUGAGUAUGGAUUGGGAUAUCCAUGCUCCUCCUACCACUCGAGUGUACAAUUUCACUGUGGAGGAGAUCCAGGCUGCUCCCGAUGGUGUUCUCCGCAAUAUGAUUACCAUCAAUGGGAAGUUUCCUGGUCCGAUGAUCCGUGCAAACAAAGGAGACCGGAUCAAGGUCCACGUCACGAAUGAGCUCCGCGAGCCCACAUCUAUCCACUGGCACGGUAUGUUCCAGUAUGGUUCCAACUGGAUGGAUGGCACAUCAGGCAUAUCACAGUGCCCUAUCCCACCAGGACGUAGCUUCACGUAUGAUUUCUUGGUUGACGGCCAAUACGGCUCGUACUGGUAUCAUUCCCACUACUCAACUCAAUAUACAGACGGCAUGGUUGGACCACUCAUCAUUCACGCUCCAGAAGAGGCGGAAGUACGCAAGCUUUACGACCAUGAUGAGGUGAUAAUGCUCCAAGAUUGGUAUCAUGACGUGAGCAAAGAUCUUUUGCCAGCGUACCUCGCUUCAGGGAAUGAGAACAAAGAGCCAACUCCAGAUAAUGGAUUGAUACAGGGAACGAAUAUAUUCGACUGCUCCAAGUAUGACAAAUCCAGCAACCGCACGUGUGAGCGUAACUCGACAAGAGCAGUCUUCGGGGUUAGCAAGGGCUCGCGUUACCGCUAUCGACUCAUCAACGUCGGGGCAUUUGCUGGAUUCUAUUUCUCGGUGGAUAACCACACUAUAACCGUCAUUGAGGCAGACGCCACAUUGGUUGAGCCCGUUGAGACCCACCGCAUAUCAAUUAACAUCGCGCAGCGCUACUCGGUCAUCGUACACGCCAACCAGCCUGAGGCGAACUACUUCAUCCGCUCAGACAUGAUAACAACAUGCUUCGCCCAGCCCAACCCCGUCCUCGACCCCCUCGCCCUCGCCGUACUCUCGUAUACCGAGACGACUGAUACCCCCACAAGCGUCGACUGGGACCCGAGCGAGGCUACUGUCUGUCAGGACUUCAACAGCACCCUCCUCAGACCGAGCGAGGUAGUUUCCGCGCCUCCUGCUGACGUCCUCUAUUACUUCACGGCCUCCUUCCAGAUCGGGGCGUACGCUCUCGACCGCGCCUUCUUCAACGACACCACCUGGACGUCCGCUAACAUCCCAACCAUCAACCAAGCCAUCGACGGAAUCAACAAUGUGUCCACUGCUCACCUGUUUUCGGCAGAUGGAGUCAGCUCAGGCUUCUCAGACAACCAACUCGUCGUCUCCGUCCCGAAAGGCCGGGUUGUCGAUUUCCUCGUCCAGAGCUUGGAUGAUGGGGCGCACCCCUUCCACCUCCAUGGUCAUGAGUUCUGGGUCAUGGCGCAGAGCCCGGUGCCCGCCACUACGGGCUAUUUCCCCUGGGAGACCUAUGGCAGUCUCAACACAGCGAAUCCGCUCCGUAGGGAUACGCUGACAAUUGGCCCAUUUGGGUGGGCGCUGCUCAGGUUCGAGGCUGAUCAUGAGGGAUUGUGGCCGUUUCAUUGUCAUAUUGCUUGGCAUAUGGAGGCGGGGCUGCUGAUGCAGUUUAUGACCGGAGCGCAUGAGUUGGCGAAGAUCGGUAUUCCAGACGAUGUGAGGGAAUUGUGCGAUGUUUAAUUCGUGAUGCGUGCGUCCGACGUUUGGGCGUGUGCCUAAAUCGGGGAGAUUAAUGGGAGUUUGUCGAUGGGAAUAACGAUAAUGAUGAUCAAAACGGGGGAGUCUGUAUUCAUUAUGCGUGGAGUUUCGUUUUGGGUUUUUGUUUUUUGGUUAGAAUUGCCUGCGCUGGCGUACGAACCGGGCAUCAAUCAGUAUUGGGAGUUUUGUGUUUACAACGUUGCGAUUCAUGGUAGCGAUAGGAGUAUACGGUAGAUCAGGAAGCGGGAC